UUCUAAUAUUUAAGUAAUGACUAUUUGAAUAAAGACUAAAUCAAUAAACUCUUCCAAAUAAUGGAUGCGAUAAAAAUUACUUGCUUCGUGAUAUGUUUGUUUCACGUUGUGUAUGGAGCUUUCGGACCGAAGCGGCUUUAUAGCAUGGAUAUACCAACUACACCAGUAUCUGUGAAGGUGGUUGGAAAAGAUCUGAUCAUUGUAGGACCAUGGUAUAUCGGAGGAAUUUCACAUGUUCAUUGGAAGUUUCGUCAGCCAAGCAGAAUGAAACCACGAAUUAUCAAUAAAGAUAUUGCGAACCCAAGAGCUGUUGGAAGGAUACCACCAAAGACAUUCAAAGAUUCUAGUGCUCUUACGUAUUGGGCUGCAUCAUGGGGAGCGAACGAGACUAGUGGUGCAAUGUACGUCAUGAGGCCAACAACAACAUAUAGCAUAUGGAAAGAUAUUGCAAUCGAUGCCGGUUGGAAUUAUGAAAGAGCCCAAUGGGUUGAUAUGAACAGAGAUGGAAGGAUUGAUUGUUUGACUGCACGUUUUCGGGGCGGAGUCGGUCAGCUUCUCUGGUUUCAACAACCAAAAGGUCAGGACAAAUGGGGCCAACAAAUCAUACACGAAGGAAUGGCAGACGGAAAUUUUAUUGGAUUCGUCAAAGGCGGAAAAACGUAUGUUUUAGUGGCCGGACUGCAGUUCAGCACAUUGGGAUUAUACUGGACAAUGAGCCGAACUAACCUCUGGUCGACCAGUCGAAUGGUCCGUCAUAGAGUUAUUGACAACUACGGCAAAUUUUAUGACGUACAAUAUAUUGAUUUGAAUAAGGAUGGAAGACCAGACGCUUUGACUACGACAGUAAAUGUUGGAAAUUCUCGUGGACACGUUCUAGGAUACGAGAUUCCUAAUGACAUUCAAAACAAAAUAUGGAACAGAAGAGUAUUAGCUGCAGGAUUUCAGGGCGAUUACAGUCCGGGAAAAGCGCAAGCAUUCUGGCCGAAUAAAUGGAAGAGAAAAGCCGACAGACCGAGUAUCUUUCUUUCUGGAGCAGGACAAGAAAUGUUAUUUAUUUUGACUCCAAAACCGGCAAGGACUGGUUGGGGUUACGUCAAGUCAUCGUUACGUGCGGGAACUGGAAUGAUUGGAAUUCCAUAUAUUGGCGACAUUGACGGAGAUUCGUAUCCUGAAGUUUUUGUGCCGCAAGGAAAUAAGCUGCACGUAUUUUCGUAUGACUACAACGCAGCCGUUGCAGAGCCACCCAACACAAAAACGAACGAAGAAGGAAAAAUAACGCCAAGACCCGUCGUCAAAUAUCGUCCGCCAUUUUUCAGACCAACUGCAGCUACUUUACCGCCGUUAAUCCCAAGAAAUGCUUCUCUCCCACGAUUACCUGCCAGUUCUGGUGGCCUCAGCGGAGCAGCUGCAUCAUCCUUCGGAUCUUCCGGAAUCCUCCCCUCUGGCAACGUACCAGGAACGGUUGCACCGCUGGGAAAUUUGCCACCGUUGAGAACAAGAGGGGGAGGAUCAUCAGGCGGAUCUGGUCUGCCGGCAAAUUUCCCAAGAAACCAUCCUUUGUUCACUGGCUCUAAUGCGGGAUCUGGAACUGGAGGUAAUGCAGGAUCGCCGAGGAGACAAGGUGCGGGUGCAGCAGCAGGAGGUUCUACUGCAGGCGGAGGCUCGAAUGGACUUGGAGGAUUAGCUGGAACUAGUGGUGGUGCCGUAUCCGGAGGAACCGGUAAUUCCGGUGCUGCUCCUGGCACUUCCGGAGGAUCCGGUGGAACAUUUGGAUUGUGGCCUGUUUUAACUCAAAACGGUCCAGUAUACAUCCCAGUGCCAAAUCCCCAACCUAAUCUACCAGUGGCGCCAGUUGCAGCAAAUUCGCCCGGUAGUGCUUUAGCUGGUGGAAACAACAACAACCCAAUAGUUCCCGUCAGAUCACCAAACAAUCCCAUUGUUCCGAUAGGUGGAGGCACAUCUGCAAACAAUCGCAUCGUUCCACUGGGUGGCGGCACAUCUGCAAACAAUCGCAUCGUUCCACUAGGUGGCGGAACAUCUUCAAACAAUCCUGUUGUUCCACUAGGUGGUGGCACGUCUCCAAACAACCCAAUUGUGCCUAUUGGAGGUAGAAGUCCAUUAUUUAAUCCAAAUCCGUUGAGUUCAAAUCGACCAAUUGUACCACUCGGUGGCAGUAGCAGUAAUUCUGCAGGAGUUGAUGGGAACACCCCCAUUUCAAAUGAAAUAAUUCCCAUUGGGGGAAGUCCAGACACCCCUCGACCCCCAAUGCAGCCUGUUUUCGAAGAUGAAACCGAACCCCCCGAGUAUGAGGAUUAUUACACAGACCCUAACGGACCAUAUGAUGAAUACUAUAACCAUGAAGAAACAAUUGUUGAAAAGCCACCGAAUCUCAUCCUUUCCAUAACUGAAGAUUCCUAUCGCUAUCGGGAAGAAGCCGCAGACGCAUGCGCGUUUGAGAAUAAAAUAUUAUGUAGUCUUCCACAAUUGGAAGCAGCUAAGCAAGCUGGGCCAAUACCUCUCAUUGAAUGGGGAUGGUUUGGUAUGGAAGGGAGAGCUGCCGGUAUACAUGACUGUUUGCCAGGCGAAGUCAAAUGGCAAGGUUAUAAAUGUCAUAAUGGUGUCGUUGGUCACACUCCAGUGCAGCUAUCUACAGCAUUGAAAGGAUAUUGCUGUUCAAUCAUGCGUGGCGCAAAUGUCACAGAUAGAAAAUUCAGUAAUUACCAUUCUGCAAAAGAAGGUUGUGAGUCCCUCGAUUCACAUAUUUGUACAUUGGAGGAAAUGUUUGAUGUUUGGGAGAAGUCGAGUUACAAGAGCGAUACAUGGGGAUGGUACAACGAUGAUCAACACCUGAUUAAAAUGGUUCAUACUUGCGAUCCUAAACAAGUUAGAUGGCCUGGAUACGAAUGCCUAUCUCGAAAAUUAGCCACGUCACAGAUUGUCAGUUUUGUUCAAGAAAGCGCUUAUUGUUGCAAUGGCAACUCCGGUGAUGUCAUCAAAUCAAAGUUUUCUGUACUCUCGAUUGCGUUUAUUUUGUAUUAUUUUACAGUCUUUUUAAAUUGUGAAUAAAUAAAAACCUACUCUUUAUCGUUUGACUGAAAUAUUUUAACCUGUUUCUAGAUCAACUCGUCCGCUCGUCAUUUUGAAACUAA